AUGGAGUUGGAAGGUAUGAGUUUAAGACCAACAAGACAUGCUGGCCUUAAAGGAAUCAAAGUGAGGAAAGAAAUGGAGAGACCACGUGGUGAAGAAGAAGAAGAAGAAGAACCGUUGAGUCCCAUGGCUCGUAUGUUCCAUGAGCCUCAGUCUAACGUGUACACUGUUUCUAUUUUUGGGUUUGAGAACCCCAUCAACCCACACAUUUUCAAAGCAAAAUGGCUCGGCACUGUUGCUAGGCAUCCUCGUUUCUCUAGUGUGCAGGUUACUGAUGAGAAGAAUGGUGGGGAAAUGAAAUGGGUGAAAACAAGAGUAGACAUAGAUGAACAUGUUAAAGUCCCCAUGAUCGAUCAAGAUAUGGCCUCCCCCGAUAAGUUUGUUGAGGAUUACGUUGCCAACCUUAGCAAGACCCAGAUUAGCACAUCCAUUCCCAUGUGGGAUUGCCAUAUUUUAAACCUCAAGACCUCCGAUGCCGAAUCCACACUGGUGUUUCGAGCUCAUCACUCCCUCGGCGACGGAACAUCUCUCGUGUCGCUGAUACUCUCUUGCUCCGACACGUUGCAGAGUUCUCCGGCGAAGAAGGAACCGAGAUCGGCCUCCGCCCAAUGGUUUUCGAUUCGGUCUCCCUUGUUGUUAACGUGGAAUACGUUGGUUGAUGUAUGGAUGUGUGCAGCAACAACGUACUUUUUCAAGGACACUGAGACACCCCUCAAAGCACCUUCGAGUAGCGUUGCUUUUACUCCUCGGAGAAUCGUGCGUCACACUUUCUCUUUGGAUGAUGUCAAAUUGGUGAAGAAUGCAACCAGCACCACGGUGAAUGAUGUGAUGUUAGCAAUCACUCACGCAGGAUUAUCUCGCUAUCUGAAUCGAAAAUACGGCGAAGCUAAACAUGAUAAUGGAGAAGCAAGAGAAUGGGAAAACAACCUUCCCAACAAUAUUCGUCUUACAGCGACUCUUUUUGUCAACUUGAGAAAAUCUCCACAGCUUUACCCCUUGGAAGAAAUGGUGAAGAAGAAUAGCAAAGGCGAGUGGGGGAACAAGAUUGGUUAUGUUCUCUUCCCUUUUAAAAUUGGACUGAAAGAUAACCCAUUGGAUUACAUUAAAGAUGCCAAAGCAAGAAUGGAUAGGAAAAAAGCUACACUUGAAGCUAAAUUCAGACUGUUUAUGGCCAAGGUUUUCGUAAAGUUUUAUCGUACCAAGAUGGGCAGUUUUCCAUUAACAACUAUGUGGUUCUCGAACUUGGGGGGACCUCGGGAGGAAAUUAGCCUUUUUGGAAAUCGAGUCACCUCCGUCUCUGCAUCUUUGUAUGGUCAGCCAGUGGCACUGACAAUUCAUAUCCUGUGCUACGGGAAGAAGAUAAGCAUGGUGUUGUCAGUGGAUGAAAGCAUAAUUUCCAACCCAUAUGAGUUGUGUGAUGAUUUUGAAGAAGCUCUCAAACUCAUCAAGACUAUGAUCUUAAAGAAACUCUCAAACGCAUCAAGACUCUGA